AUGAGCUGGACACGCACCGUCUCCGCAUUCGCGCCGCAGCUUCAGUCUAUGAAGAACCUGUUGGACCUGGCGCGCGACGCGGCCGUAGCGCCUGGCCGCAGCAGGGUCCGAGUCGGCUUUCAGUUUGUCUCGUCAAUUGGCGUCGUCGGCAACUCCGGGACCACUGGACGCGUUCUCGAGCGCCGCCUCCCCGUCUCGGCCACGGUGUCUAUUGGGUACGCCGAGGCGAAAUGGGUCUGCGAGGCGCUUCUCGACGAAACCCUUCACAAGUUCCUAGCCCUGUUUCGUUGGCAGGUGACCCGCCCGGGACAGAUUGCGGGCUCGUCGGCGAGUGGGUAUUGGAACACUAUCGAGCACCUGCCCUUCUUCAUCAAGUCUGCCCAGGUCCUGGGUGUCUGGCCCGACCUGGACGGCGUCAUGCAGUGGGUGCCCGUCGAUCUCAGCGCGGGAGUCGUGGCCGAUCUCAUCUUGAACCCCAGAGCGUCCCACCCUGUCUACCACGUCGACAACCCAGUCGGCCAGCAAUGGAAGGACAUGAACUGA